GGGAUCCGCUAGUUUCCUUUCCUUCCCUCCCUCAUUGUGUUUGCCAGGUCUUUCUGUAACUGACAUGGACCCGGCAGACCGCGAUCCACGGAAGCAAGACGUUAAAGCAAUCGUAGACAGAGGAAGCCGAGAUAGCAUCGAAUGGGGAGGGAGCAGCAUGGAGCGUCGAGGGAGGGAUGGGAAACGCGAAGCAGACGAGAGGAGCGGCAGGGAAGGUCGAGUCGGCGGAGAGAGGGGGACGCGGAUGAACGAGUACCACGGGGAGAGACGGAGCAGUGACGAGGCUAGGACUGAGAAUCGGCCAGAGCACCGGACCGAACAUCGGACAGAGCAUCGGCCAGAGCAUCGGAUGGAGCAUCGGGCAGAGCAUCGACAGGGACCGAUCCAGGAGCGAACGGUGGGCGAGAAAGGGGCAGCCGCGAGUUUAGCGUGCGAUUUGAAGAAUCAGGGAAAGCGAUCGCCUAGUCCCAUUCCCAUUCGCGGUCGGCUCGACGCUGCAGCUGCUGAUAGUGCAGGCGGCGACGGCUUAGCGCGAACCGAACCGCAUGCACGUGAUUCUACAGCUGCUGAUGCUACUGCGAGAGGUGCUUACAGCGAGCGGAUUGACGAGCUGGAGCGGGUUGCGCGGAAGCAGCGGAACGAGGCGCAGCAGCUGCAGGCGCAAGCGGAUGGCGCGCGGCAGCGGCUGGCGGAGACCGAAGCGGAGAUCGCGCGGCUCUGUGAUCUCGACGGCCGUCAACAGCAGGGGCAAGGGGGAAAGGCAGAGACUCGUGAAGGGUUGCGGCAGAGUUCAGAGAGGGGCAAGCCGGUGCUGGGUGAUGCUGAGGGGGGGACUGCCAAGGCCGACGAUGUUGAGACGAGCCUGCAGGGAGAGGAUAGGUGGGGCCGGCGCCGAGAGCCGACUCAGAGUGGAAAGGAUGGUGCUGCCGGCAACGAUGGUAGGGAGGUUCGGCAUAGCAGAGAUGGGAGCUAUGGCAGGGGUGAUGAUGGUCGGGAGGUUCGGGAUAGCAGGGAUGGGAGAUAUGGUAGGGGUGACGAUGGCAGGGAGGUUCGGCACAGCAGGGAUGGAAGCUAUGGCAGGGGUGACGAUGGUCGGGAGGUUCGGGAUAGCAGGGAUGGGAGAUAUGGUCGGGGUGACGAUGGCAGGGAGGUUCGGCACAGCAGGGAUGGAAGCUAUGGCAGGGGUGACGAUGGUCGGGAGGUUCGGGAUAGCAGGGAUGGGAGAUAUGGUCGGGGUGACGAUGGUAGGGAGGUUCGGCACAGCAGGGAUGGAAGCUAUGGUAGGGGUGACGUGGGUGGGCAUGGCAGGGGGGGGCGAGAAGAUGGUGGAAAUAGGGGCGGGGGUGGGGGAGGAGGUGAGGCUUAUGCGCGGAAGGGAAGAAGGGGAGAGGACGCAGUAGGUAGGGAUGGGGGUGGAGGUGAGAGUUGUGCCCAUAAGGGAAGGAGGGGAGAGGGGGAUGGGGAUGGGUAUUUAUGGGAUAAAGAUGAGAAUGGAGCUGGAGCGGGGAUGGAGAGGGAUGGGGUUGCAAGGGAUGGGGUUGCAAGGGAUGGGGUUGCAAGGGAUGGGGUUGCAAGGGAUGGGGUUGCAAGGGAUGGGGUUGCAAGGGAUGGGGUUGCAAGGGAUGGGGUUGCAAGGGAUGGGGUUGCAAGGGAUGGGGUUGCAAGGGAUGGGGUUGCAAGGGAUGGGGUUGCAAGGGAUGGGGUUGCAAGGGAUGGGGUUGCAAGGGAUGGGGUUGCAAGGGAUGAGGAUGAGAGCGUGAGGGCGAGGGAGGGACAGCAGCGGAAGAGGAGAAGAGAGGAGAGCGGCGAGCAGGAGGGACGGAGGAAGGGGCCUGCUGGAAGUAAAGAGUCAGCUAGGGAGUGGGGGGGAGAGGGGUGGCAGAGGCGGCGAGAGGAGAGCGGUGAGGACGUGGGAUGGGGGAAGACGGGUGCUGGAGGUGAAGAGGCACCCAGGGAGUGGCGCAAGGCAGGCGAGGGUGGGCAGAGGCGGCGAGAGGGGGGGGACGAAGAGGAGGGAAGAAGGAAGAUGCCCCUUGGAAGCGAAGAGUCGCCCAGGCAGCGGAGCAAGGCAGGAGAUGGCGGAAAGGAAAGCCUGUCUCCCAUUCCCAGGCGGUAUGCAGGCGCUGCAGCUGCUCCUGGUGCUGGUGCUGCUGCUGCUGCUGGUGCUGCUGCUGCUGCUGCUGCUGCUGCUGCUGAUGCUGGUGCUGGUGGUGGGGGUGGCAAGGAGGAUGACGAUCGCAGGGGUAGGAAUAGCGCCUCGCCUCUCCCUAGACGUGUCUUGGACGCGGGUGGCGCGGCGGGGAGAUAUGGUGGCGUGGAGGGCAGCAGCAGGAAGAGCGCCUCCCCCGUUCCUAAACGUGUCGUGGACGCGGACGGUGCGGGCAAUCGAGGUGGUGCGGGCAGUAGAGACGACGGCACGGAGAGGAAGGGGAGGCAGAACGCGUCCCCUCUCCCUAGGCGCGUCUUGGACGCGGGUAGUGGGGGCAGUCGAGGUGGGGGGGUGGGACGGGCUGACGGCGCGGAGAGCAGCGGGAGAAAGAAGGCGGAAGGGAGGGGUGGAGGGCAGGCGAGGCCGGCAGGGAUGUCGUAUGAUGACUUUCUACUGCAGGGCGCGGCGGGUGGUAGCGAGGGCGGGAAGGGGAAGGCUGGGAAGGAGCAGAGGGGGAAGGAAGAGAAGAAAACUGGUGGGCUCUUGCUUCCCAGAUUCUUCAUGUUUCACGUCUCGUUGUGCUGCUGCUACUCCACUCGUUGUGGUGCUGCUACUCCACUCGUUGUGCUACUGCUACUCCACUCGUUGUGCUGCUGCUACUCCACUCGUUGUGCUACUGCUACUCCACUCGUUGUGCUACUGCUACUCCACUCGUUGUGCUGCUGCUACUCCACUCGUUGUGCUGCUGCUACUCCACUUGUUGUGCUGCUGCUACUCCACUCGUUGUGCUGCUGCUACUCCACUCGUUGUGCUGCUGCUACUCCACUCGUUGUGCUGCUGCUACUCCACUCGUUGUGCUGCUGCUACUCCACUCGUUGUGCUGCUGCUACUCCACUCGUUGUGCUGCUGCUACUCCACUCGUUGUGCUGCUGCUACUCCACUCGUUGUGGUGCUGCUACUCCACUCGUUGUGCUGCUGCUACUCCAUCCCUUUGCCUCUGCCCUUGUCACAUUGCUAUCCAGCAAUCCGUGCAGUCCUGGCUCCAACUCCCCCCUCCCCGCCCCCCCACCCCAUUCCGUAAUUGCACCACUGCAGUCCACUGGCCGGUGGGUCCCGACCAAUCAGAGGAGCUGGUGCCGCUGGUGCGGUCAGAGAGCAGCCAGCAGCGGGCCUCCGCAUGGUUACCGCACCUGUUACCACCCACGUACAUCCCCAGCAACCACCGCCGCCGAUUGCGAUCGAUCGCUCUCAACCCCGCCAACCCCUCGCAGUGUGCUGUCAGGUGAGCUCUCAGGUGCUGAGACCCCUUUCUCUUGCUUGCGUGUGACUGUGUGUGGGUGCAUGAGAGUGUGUGUAUGUAUGUGCUUGCGUGCCUGUGUGUGCCUGUGCUUGCAUGUGCAUGUGCAUGUGCAUGUGCAUGUGCAUGUGCGAGUAUUGCUGCCAUCGUCUGCCCCCCACCCUGCCAGCUCUCUGGACGGCACGGUCAGCUUCUGGACCAUCAGCGCUAGCGGGCGCAACAUGAAUCGGCGGUUCACUGCGGACUGCUCUCCCUCCAAGCGCUGGCCGGAAGACAUUGCGUGGCACCCCUCGGGCUCGCACCUGCUGGCGGCGUUUGAGGCAGACGGCAAGGCGUGCCAGGUGGCCGCUGUGCGGAACACAGCCAAUGCCCCCUGUGUGCCCCUGCCCGCUCAUCCGCACCAGAAGGGCAUCAUCAACAGCAUCCGCUACCUGCCGUGGGCGGGUCCCACCUUUGUGUUCGCCACUGGGGGCAGCGACCACGGGGUGGUGCUGUGGCGGGAGGAGGGGGGAGAAGGGGGGAGUGGAGGGAACGAGGCUCAUCUUCCCAAGAUCACCCCAAAGUUGCUGCACGGCACGCGGCACACAGCAGGAGUGUAUGCCACCGAGGGACUACGAAGCCGCACAGUGGUGCUGUCGGUGGCGGCCGACAAGCGCAUUCUGGGUUGCGACGCGGAGAGGGGCGGGGCACAGCUUGUGUUCUCAGACAUGCUGGACUCGCGCCUCACUGACGUGCUCGCCAACCCCCUCGACUUCAACCUCUUCCUCGUGCAGUCAGGCACGCCAUGUGAGCAGCUGCGGCUGUAUGACUUCAGGGCGAAGCGCAAGCAGCUGCACAUAUUCGGGUGGGAGCAGUCGGCCUCCGACACCCAGUCCGCCCUCAUCUCCUCCUGCUGGGCGCCCAACGGGCUGCAGAUCAGUGUCGGGUCAGCCGACCCUAAGAUUCAUAUAUUCGAUGUGCGAUGGAUGGGUAUGAAGCCGGCUUUGACAGUGGAUGCGCAUGAUAAGCGAGUCUUCAAGGCCGCUUGGCAUCCUACCCAGCCGCUGUUGGUUUCUAUUGCUUCUGAUCUCAACAUUGGCCUCAACCCCAUUCGAGUGUGAUAUAUAGUCGAUAGAGGGUGCAUGCCUGAUUCCCGUGCUUGUGGCAUAGUUGUUUUUGUUAUCCAUGAUUUUGGGAAACGUGUAAGAAGGCAAUUCGUAUUUGUGCGUCAACUGGUUAUCGAAUCAAUAUAUUUUUCCAGG